AUGUCAUUCGGAAUUUUAAGACAAAUUUUAAGGCCACAUGUGAAAUCGCUUCAGGGCCAGGCAUAUCGAUGCCUUCAACAUGAUGGCAGAAUUACUGAACAAUGUUCGAAUCCGGCAUCUCGUGGCUUAGUACUCGGUGUGUACGCCGAUGAAAAUGAUCGGCUGGACAUCGGAGUCCUCACUCCAACGGCGGCUAAGUACAAUGAGUCUUACACUAGCGGUCGCCUACUCGAACUGCUUCGAUUGGCGGGUCCCAUGCCAAAGCGUGGUGAGGUUAGAAUUUUAUACAACCUGGAACCUACGUAUUCUGCGGUCGCUGUCUGUGGACUUGGAAGCGAGUGCCUUGGUUACGAUGACGUCGAAAAAAUGGAUAUUUCUAAGGAAGCUAUUCGUAUAGCGGCUUCCAGAGGGUGCCAGGAGCUACAAAAUCUGGAAACUAGCCGUAUCUCUGUAGAGGACUUUGGCCAUGCUGAAUCGGCAGCCGAAGGUGCUCAUAUGGGGCUGUGGGUAAAUCAGGAGCUGCGCAGCGUGGAGCAUCGGGCAUUUGUUCCACAACUUCAGCUGUACUAUGAACCAGAGCUCCCAUGCGACUCGAAUGGAUGGCGAAUUGGACUGGCGAAGGCUGAGGCACAAAAUCUCGCCCGUCAGUUACAAGAAACUCCAUCGAACCUCAUGACACCGACAACGUUUGCCCAGAACGUCGUCCAGAUCCUUUGCAACUCUGGUGUGAACGUGGAGGUCAAAGUACGUGGAUGGGCCGAAAAUGAGGAGAUGACGUCAUUUCUAACGGUAGCCAAGGGAUCCUGUGAACCUCCGAUAUUUCUGGAGCUAAGCUAUUACGGAACCGACACUAAGGAGCGUCCUAUUGUCCUCAUAGGCCAAGGCAAUACCUUUGACAGUGGUGGCCUGUGUCUGAAGCCGCUCGAAGCCCUCACGGAUAUGCGAGGAGAUAUGACGGGGGCAGCCUGUGUCGUAGCUGCUAGUCGAGCCAUUGCUGCCCUUAAACUCCCCGUGAACAUUCGCGCUUUGAUUCCGCUUUGCGAGAGCAUGCUUGGUAGCAACGCCAUGAAACCAGGCGACGUUAUAACAGUCAAAAAUGGAAAGAGUAUAGAAAUAGUGAAAACGAGCAACGAAGCUCCACUCGCGCUGAUAGAUGCGCUGCUAUACGCGGAGCACUUUGGUCCGAAGUUCAUCGUAGACGUUUCCACCAUCUCUAAAGCCACCAUGGAAUCCUUUGGCAGGGUGUGUUGUGCUGUGUUCACUAACUCGGAGGAGCUUUGGGAACGCAUGCAAAACGCCAGCAUCCACACCGGUGAUCGUGUUUGGCGCCUACCGCUCUGGGAUUAUUUUACACAGCAAAUAUGCUCAGCCGAGCACGUGGAUGUACAAAACAUGGGUCAGGGCGAAGGCGCCAACAGCUGUAAAGCUGCGGCUCUUCUGCGAGAGUUUCUUCCUUGUGGAAAGUGGAUGCACAUCGAUGCGCUAAACGUGAUGAAGACGAAAGGUACCGAAUACCCGUACCUUCGUCGAGGCAUGACAGGACGACCCACACGCACGCUAAUCGAAUUUAUCGCGCAGAGUGUCGUCCAGUGUGGGGAUUGUGGUAGCAGCGGAAUCAAGAAGGAAAGUCAACAGAUGCAUCAAUAA